AUGUCGACCAGCGCACCAACGCAACAUGAUCGGCAUGAAGAUGAUGAGAUACAUGUCCCGGAAAAGGUGCACAACACCUCGAACGUCGAUAUUGGAGCGCAGAUUGUUGCAGGUACUGUUAUCGAGUUUGACCAAGUCGUCAUGCGGCGGGCAUUGUGGAAGAUCGACCUUUGGGUACUCCCGCUUCUCGCAUUGACUACCAUGCUGCAGUUCCUCGACAAGUCUACGCUGAGCUAUGCAGCCAUUUUCGGGAUCAUCGAAGAUACCGGCCUUGAAGGGACGGAUUAUUCCUGGCUGGCGAGCAUUUUCUACUUUGGUUAUCUGCUCAUGCAACCCAUUGCCGCGCAUAUCUUACAAAAGCUUCAGCCGGCAAAGUGUUUGGCAGCAAGCGUCUUUUUCUGGGGUGUCAUUCUGUUCAUGCACACGGUCUGCGACAAUUGGGGCAAGCUUAUGGCUGUGCGCUUCUUCCUGGGCAUGACCGAGGGAGUUGUGACGCCUGCCUUUAUGCUCAUUAGCAGUGCUUGGUACGCACGGCAGGAUCAGCCACUUCGAAUGGGAAUAUGGUUCUCCUUCAACGGCGUCGCCCUCAUUCUGGGUGGCAUCCUAGCCUACGGGCUCGGUCAUAUCCAAGUUGGGAUAGCGUCGUGGAAGUGGAUGUUCCUCGUCACAGGAGCGCUGUCAGUCCUAUGGGCUGUCUUGCUCUGGUUCAUGUUACCAGAUCACCAAGGCACGGCAUGGUUCCUGACCGAUGCAGAAAAGCGCGCUGCCGUAGAGAUGGUGCGGCAUAACCACACGGGUAUCCAUAACAACAACUUCCGCUCUGGCCAGCUCUGGGAGGCCUUGACGGAUGUUAAGACUUGGGCAUUCUUUCUCAUGGCGACCAUAUGGAAUGUGCCCAACUCGAUCGCAACAUUUGGUAAUCUCGUGAUCAAGAACUUUGACUACGGCGUUCUUGAGACGACAUUGCUGGGAAUGCCGAGCGGAGCCCUAGAAUUUAUUGUCAUGAUCGCCAUCACUUAUGCUUGCCUUCGUUUGAGCAACACGAGAACAUGGUGCAUGACUGUUGCUCUAACGAUUGCCCUCGUGGGGUCCAUCAUGGUGUUUGCUGCCCCGUACAGCAAUAAGGCUGCCCUGCUGUGCGGCUACUAUCUUGUCUAUGCAUUCCCUACCGGCUACAUUCUUUUGUUGGCGAUGGCGUCGGCAAACGUUGCAGGCCACACUAAAAAGGUCGUGACCAACUCGCUGCUACUGAUCGGCUACAGCGCUGGCAACAUCAUUGGCCCGCAGUUCUUCAAAACAAACCAGCAGCCCCGAUAUCUUUGUCUGAGGUUCUACCUCGUCUGGCAAAACAAGUCACGAGCGAGUGCGCGGCAGGCUCUGGAGGAAAUUAGCACAGAGGAGGAGCUGGCACAGUAUGGGUUUCGCAAUCUGACGGAUAAAGAGAAUCCGAUGUUUGUAUACGUCUACUAA